UCGGUAAUACUUGGAUUUCUGCUUCAGGCGUUGAUUUAAGCAUUUGCAGAUAGUGAACACAUAGGAGGACUACUUUGUGUUAACAAAAGAACAAGAUUUAAAGAUAAAUUAUAAGAAGUUUUAUUCUUGUUUGAGUGAACGGAAGUUUGGAGAACGGACUGUUACUACAACUUGAGUUUCGAAACUUCCACAAAACUUUUUGAAAGAUGCUUCCAGGCACAAAGUUUCUGUGGAUUUGGACGAUGAUUCCUUAUAGUUUCAGUCUGGAAUUCAAACACCACAACGCGGAAGAACUGGAAUCGUUUUUACAUCGGAUCAACUCAAACUACUCGUCAAUUACACACUUGUAUAGCAUUGGCAAAUCCGUCGAAGGUGUUGACCUUUGGGUUCUGGCAAUUGGAAAACACCCAGAGAAACAUGUUGUAGGGAUUCCAGAAGUGAAGUACAUUGGUAACAUCCAUGGUAAUGAGAUAGUGGGCAGAGAAAUGUUGCUCCACUUAAUUGACCAUAUGGUUGAAAAGUAUGGAGAAGAUUCUACCAUAACUCAGAUAAUAAACAGUACCCGGAUUCACAUCAUGCCAUCCAUGAAUCCAGAUGGCUAUGCAGAAACUGAAAAUGCAGAAUAUUGCAAACCCUCUCAAGGCAGAAACAACAAAGCAGGCAUUGACCUGAACAGAAACUUCCCCACAUUUCCUGUAAAGAACUCCUCAUCAACAUUGCAACCAGAAACAAAAGCCGUAAUGAACUGGAUUUUGAACGAAACGUUUGUACUGUCCUUAAGUUUGCAUGGAGGAGCUGUUGUAGUCAGCUACCCAUAUGACAGCUUUAUAGGAGGGAUCAGCAGCUGCCCUGACAAUGAUGUCUUCGUUUAUCUUGCAAAGAACUUCUCUUAUAACCAUGCAGGAAUGCACUUCGGAGAUGAAUGUGCAACAACACCAAUUUUUAUCGAUGGAAUUACCAUUGGAGCUGAUUGGUAUUCUUUGGAAGGUGGAAUGCAAGACUUCAACUAUAUUCAGGCACAAUGUUUCGAACUAACUGUGGAGAUGUCGUGUUGUAUGAAUCCACCACCAGACACACUGAAGGACUUCUGGAAUGAGAAUAAGAUUUCCCUGAUUAAUUUCUUCAAGCUUGUCCAUUUAGGUGUGAAAGGACAAGUCCUGGAUGUUCAUAAUCAACCAAUUAAAGAUGCAAUUAUAAAGGUGCACAGCAGGGAAAACCUUAUUCCUUUUAAAACUAAUGAACUUGGAGAAUAUUAUAGGCUUCUGUUGCCUGGAACGUACACCCUGGAGGUCAGCGCAAAGGGAUUUUACCCAAGAACUGUUCAACUGGAAAUUCCCAACAACUUGUCAAAUUUCUCUGCUUUAGUCUAUAACAUUCGAUUGGAUGAUAAAAAUGAGUUUCUAGAGGAGAGAGUUGAUGCUAGUGACAGAGCUAGUACGACAUACAUAAAUGUCAUUUUGUUAAUCUCUUCUAUAUUUUUGUCACUUAAAUUCACAUUCGAUUCUUCAGACAAGGAUGUUUUAAUGUUGUAAUAUGAUUCACAACUAAAUUCAUUUACAAAAAUAACUAUCAGAAUCUCAUAUUCUGCUGAUUAUACAUCUUAACUGGACAAUCAAGAUGACUAAAAUAUUAAUAUUUUAAUGAAGCUUCAACCAAAUUUCACCUAAAUGAUAAAAUGUAUGUAUUUGCAUAACAUUACCACAUAUCUAUCAUGGUGGUUUAAAUGAAAUUCUAUUGAUUACAUGGUUACAGCCAUCUUUCUUUAUCUAUCUUUUGCCAAAAUUAAAGUCAUACAAUGGAAACAACAAAUAUAAAUAACUGAGGCCAAUGCUAUGUUUUACUUGCCUAAUUGUUUUCAAAAUAUUGUAUAGACAUUAAAGACAAAAGGUAACACAGAAACUGGAACGUAGAACAGAAACAAAACACUGAAAGUACCCAAUGGGUGAUCAGGGCCUGAUGUGAAACAUUGACUUAGUAUACCUGUUGCCUUCAUAGAUGCUACUUGAUUCAUUGUGCUCUUCUGUGUUUUUCCUCUCCACAUCUUAUGGCACAUUGGGUGGCAACCUUGCUGUCUCUUAAACACAUCUGUUUCUACCAUGCCGAGAUGCUAGCUCAAUGCUCAAUCCAGCACAGACAGAAAGUAUGUGAGGAGCCAGCCGGGUUCAAACCCAGGACAACUUGCCUCGAAGUCUGGUGCAGGUGCCACUACAUCACCGACCUGCUAUUAAGCUCUUCUAGCAUUCUGUUUUUUGUAUGGGAUUUCCUGUUUAUGAGCAUAUGACUUGCGUACAUUUGCUUUAAUGCUUUUGACUCCUUUGCAUCUAAUUUAAAUUUAUAUCCUGUGAUUUAUAUCCUGUAAGCAGUCAUUACGAAUUUGGUUCCAGUUUUGUAAUUUUUUUAAUCUCAAAAAAUUUAAACUUUUUAGUUUAAUUUAUCAGAAUUAUUUAUUUAAACCUUCAUUAGGUGAUCCUACCUUUCUUCUUUGGAGGAAUAAAGGAGUUCAUUCCUUCACAGAUCUGUUCCAAGAUGGCCGAUUGAUGUCUUUUGAGAAAUUAGUAACUAAAUGCUCUCUCUUGUAUUCACAUUUCCUGCAGUAUCUUCAGGUCAGACACUUACAAAAAUACUUAAGUAAUUUUCCAUAUAUACAGGAUUCUGGCCUGUUAGAUAUUAUUUUUUAAAAUGAAUCCUUUAGUGAAGGGUUUUAUUGGGAAGAUUUAUAAUUUAUUGUUACAACAGCACAAUUACCCUUCACUUAAGAUUAAGCAAGAUUGGGGGAGAGAGAGCUUAACAUGACCCUGAUAACAGAAGAUUGGUUGCGGAUUUUGAAGUUGGUUAACUCUUCUUCGAUUUGUGCCAAUCACUCUCUAAUUCAUUUUAAAAUUGCACAUCAUUACUAUUUGCCAAAGGAGAGACUGUCUAAAAUGUUUGCUAAUGUUGAUAGUCAGUGUGACAGAUGUAAAACCGAGACAGCCACAUUGAUACAUAUGUUUUGGUCGUGUUCUGUAUUGAAACAUUUUGGAAGUCUAUUUUCUCGACAAUUUCUAAAGUUUUAAAAAUUAAUUUACAACCUAGUAAAUUGACAGUUUUAUUUGGUAUAAUCCCUCAAUAUAUUCAUGAUAUUUCUCCAUUUGACCAACAUGUAAUUGCAUUUGUUACAUUAUUGGCCAGAAGGGCUAUUCUGUUGAAAUGGAAAGAUGUUUCUGCUCCUACUUUGAUACAAUGGUUUUCUCAGUUGAUGCUAUGUCUUAGUUUGGAGAAAAUCAGAAGUUGAACUUUUGAUCCUCGAUUUGAUUUUGAGAAAAGGUGGGGUUUAUUUGUCCGCUACUAUCAUCUGAUUUGAUAUAAUUAAUAUGGUUUCCUUCCGAUUUUUCCUUAAAUGGAUUUGAGUUGGCGGAUUGAAGUUUUUUUUACGGAAGCUUGUAUGAUGUAUAGUUCCAGGGUUGUGCUCCCAAUGGGUUUUUAUUUUUCAGUUAGUAGGGUUUUUUUUUUCCUUUUUCUUUCAAAAAAAAUCCUUAACACUUUGCUUUUUAUUAUUAUUGAUAUAUUGCUUAGCUUUGUUAAUCAGUUAUUUGCUAAUUUAAUUCUUUAUUGUACAUAAUGACAUAUUGACAAUGUAUCUUUUUUGUUAAUCUUCAAUAAUAAUUAAUAAAAAGAUUUUAAA